AUGAGCCGGAAAGAUUCCAGCGCGACAUUUCCAGCUGGCGUCAGAAACGUAUUCAAAGUCGACUACGCGGACCUAGAGGCCAUCGAGAGCGCCAUGAAGGACCAGGACGUGGUCAUUAGCAACGUGGGCCUAUCUGGCGCACCACACCAGCAGGUUUUCGUCGAUGCAGCUCUCGCAACCAGUGUCAAGAUAUUAUUCCCUGCCGAAUACGGCACCGAUACCCAGGAUUUCAAAACCAACGAGAUCAAUCUUUACAGCACGCACCUGAUCUGGACGGCACUUAUCACUGGUGGGUUUACCGAAUGGGGUCUGAGACACGGCUUCUUUGGAUUCGACUUCAAGACCAGGACCGCAACGCUUAUCGACGACGGCACAACCAUGUGCUCUCUCAGCCGGAUGCGGACAAUUGCCAAAGCCAUCCGCGGAUGCAUCGAAAACUUUGAAGAGACGAAGAACCAAUACGUCUUCAUCGCGUCUUUCCACAUGACUCAGCGCGAUAUGCUCGCGGCUAUCGAGAAGCUUGAUGGCCAGAAAUGGACAGUCGAACAUACCACGUCUCAGGACUUACAAAUUAGAGGCCAUACGCGGUGCAUCAAGGGUAAUUCGAUGGGCAUUGCGGAUCUGAGUAUGGCAACUGCGCUCGGGAAAUGGGGUCUUGUAGAUUGGAGGAACAAGGAUUUUUCCAACGAGAAGUUGGGAUUACCAAAAAAUAGUUUUGAAGAUGCAGUCGAUUCUGUCAUGGAAGAGUCUCGAUAG